CGCGAAGCUGGUCUGUCGAGGGCAGGUUGCAAUCAGGCGUGUGAGAUGCUAUCUGCGACUGGAGAGUCGAAUAAGAGGUCGCCUCCACCGGACGUCCAGCGGGGCGGGGAAUUUUUAUCUGCUGCCGAGGACUCUUUCGUGGGAUUGCAAAAAGAGAUACGCCGUACGGCGUCCACGUGCAGUUUUCAUAGGGGCAGGAAUGGCUUAGUUGGGAUACUUCAUUUGGACGAAAUCUGCGUCGGCCGAGGACCGCACAAGUGAGCAGGGAGAGGGGGACGCAACUAGGUAGGCCGGGAGGAACGUGUGUGGGUGCAUCUUGCACUCUUGCGUUGUAUUGGCUGACAUCUUCUGUGGCGUGGCAUGACCUGUCUCUGGUCCGUCAGAGAGAGGGGCAUUCAUCUGGCCACACGGCAGCGGCAGGACAAGGGCCAUGGUCGCGGCGCCCGAGAAGAACAACCUCAACCACACGAAGAGGACACGCCGCACGGGGAGCCGCCAUACGAGAAAGUGCUGUGUUGGAGCGGGCGACGCCGAGCCUCGACGAUUACGAGAAGGGCACCGACGGGUGGGUCAGCUCAGCCAAAUUGGCUGGCUGGCUGCACAGAUGUCUGUCUAUCUGUCUGUCUGUCUGCCCCUUGUCGGGUGCGGAUGACGAGUUGCCGCCAGCUCGGGAGGCCGGCAGAGGACCGCACAAGUGAGCAGGGAGGCAGGCAGCCAAGGAGGGAAGGUGUGGGCGCAUCUUGCACAAGUGCAUUGCAUUUGCGUGAGAUCUCAUCUUCUGUGGCGUGGCAUGAUCUGUCUGCUCUCCGUCAGAGGGAGGGGCGCUCAGCUGGCCGCACGGCAGCGGCAGGGCGAGGGUUAUGGUCGCGGCGCCGGAGGAGAACAGCCUCACCCACACGAUGAGGAGCCGCCAUACGAGAAGGUGCUGUGGGGAGCGCUGGAGCGGGCGACGCCGAGCCUCGACGAGUACGAAAAGGAGGCCGUCCUGGGAGAGGGCACAGACGGGUGAGUGGGUCAGCUUAGUCAGGUUGGCUGGCUGGCUGAACGGAUGUCUGUGUCUCUGUGUGUCUGUGUGUCUGUGUGUCCCCUCCCAGGACAAUAUAUCGUGCUCGCCACAAGCCCACCGGCAGACAGGUCGCCAUCAAGACCCUCAGCUACGACGACUGCACCGUCGGUAGGCACAGACGAUGACCGACGCGCAGCACCCACUCAGUGUUAUGUUGUGUGUGCAGUUGCCCUGAGGCCCACAUCUUAUCCUUCGUGGCAAGGACGUCAAGGAACCGAUACCAUGGUGAAGAGGUGAGCAAAGCUCAGGAAAGCGUGCGAUGUCUUCUCAUCCCGUUCGCCUGCCUGCGUGAUUUGUUGUGUAUUCAUAUGCAGGUCGAAAGCGUACUCUCGACGAUGACGACGGGACACCAGUGGCCGUCUCAAGAUUAUCCGUCGUCGUGGGGUCGCCGUGAACCCACCAGCCCAAGAACACUCCCAUCCCCGGCCGCAUCCAAAAUGUCCCGCCCUGCGACGGCAGCACCCCAACGGCAAGUCCACCCACACACUGAUCCAGCACGCACUCCCACAUCCGUUUGGACUCUGUGUGUGUGUCUUGCUUGUCCCGUGCGUGUGUGGGUGCAGUUAUCCAGCUGCUCGACCUCGUCAUCGAGCAUGCCCCCGGCGGCAACGGCAGGGCCACCGCACACCUUAUCUUUGAGCUUAUCGAGCAGUAAGCAACACACCAGCCAGCCAACACGACGUAAGCCAGCCGGCUGUUUGCACUCACUGCAUCAUGGCACUCGUGGCUCUUCGCAGCGACCUGUUUAGUGCGUGCCGCAAGCGCGGACACGCCAUGGUGGGUGCCAACACAGGGAGAGGGAGAGAAAAGACUGACAGGCGCGCACGAACGUACACGUGUGUGUGUGUGUGUGUCUGUCAGCUCGACACUAGGGAGGUCAACAGCAUUAUGCAGCAGCUGCUGGCCGGGCUGGUCUACCUCCACGGCCACUUGGUGCUGCACAGGGACAUCAAACGUUGAAACCCACACGACGGAAUACUAACACGUCUUGUGUGUGUCUAUGUACGUCUUCGUUCGUUCGUUCGUUCGUUUCUUCAGUGUCGAAUCUGCUGAUGGGGCGC